UGCGUCAGGCAGACGGAACUGUGCGCUGCCCGGAGACAGGAGACACUUCACCGGGGACACGAAGCUGCUGCACGGUGUCUUCCUGACCCACACCCUUCCCGGACGUGUCAGUGUUGGACUCGGGCUGUGGGCUCCGGGACUUACUCACAUAAUCGGACUGUUUUUGGAGCGAAUACCUGAUGCUGCAUCUCCGUAUGAGCGCAUAGGGAGCGCAGGAGCUCUCCCCCUCAGGAGGUGAGUCUGGGGCUCGCCCAACUGUAGUGAGAAGCUGACCUGGGGAAAAAUCCAGAAAAGGAUGGAAUCAUUUAUCCUCUGCAGGGCUGUCCUCAUCUUCCUCAUGCUUCCCUGUGUCCAGUGUGCAGAGACUCAGCCCCAGAGUGCAGUGUUCCUGCCGGAGUUCGCCCUGUCGUCUCGGGGCAGUUUCAUGCAGGAUGCCACUGAGGAUCAGUUUCUAACCUACAGAUACGACGACCAGGCAUCCAGAAUGACCCGCUCAGAUGAGGACAGGGACAUUGGGUGGGAUGCCUGGGGCCCCUGGAGUGACUGCUCUCGAACCUGCGGCGGAGGAGCCUCCUACUCUCUGCGACGUUGCCUCAACGGAGGAAGCUGUGGUGGCAAAAACAUCCGCUACAGAACCUGCAGCAAUACGGACUGCCCUGCAGAGUCAGGUGAUUUCCGGACCCAGCAAUGUUCAGCCCACAAUGAUAUCAAGUACCAGGGUGUCACAUAUGAGUGGGUCCCAGCACCGUAUGACUCCUCUGCACCCUGCGUCCUGCAGUGCCAGGCUAAAGGGAGAAGCCUCACUGUUGAACUUGCCCCUAAGGUGCUGGAUGGGACACGAUGUCAGGCAGAUGCCUUUAACAUGUGCAUCAAUGGAAUGUGUCAGGAAGUGGGCUGUGAUCGGCAGCUGGUCAGUGGCGCUAAGGAGGAUAACUGUGGCAUCUGUGGCGGUGACGGCUCCACUUGCCGGCUGGUGCGAGGACAGGUCCUACCCUACCUGACACCAGAACAAGCUCAUAAGACAGUUCUGGAGGUGCCAGUGGGAAGCCGCUUUCUCAGACUCAGUGCCAAAGGACCUGAUGUGAUAUCCAUCGAAGCCAUCUCUCUUCAGGGAAGAAAGGAGGAGACCAGUCUGAUGUCCACAGGCUCUUACGUGAUAGGAAACACCUCCUUGGAUUUUCAAAGAGGGACAGAAAGGCAGACACUCAGGACACACGGUCCACUCAAUGCAGAUUACUUUAUCAAGAUGAAGUACGGAGGCCCCAAGGACACAGUUGUCCAGUUUCUGUUCUACCAGCCGAUUAGGUACCAGUGGAGGGAGACUGAAUUCUUCCCCUGCUCUGUCACCUGUGGAGGAGGCUACCAGCUCAACUCUGCAGAGUGCACAGACAUCCGAUCCAACCAGACCCUGCCUGAGCAUCACUGCAACAGCUAUCCUGAAAACACCAAACCAACACCGAAGCUCAAGGAGUGCAACAUGGACCCCUGCAAAGAGGGUGAUGGAUUCAAAGAGGUGAUGCCAUAUGACCACUUCCAACCUCUGCCUCGCUGGGAGCAGGGCCCCUGGACCCAGUGCUCUGUGUCCUGUAGUGGUGGCUGGCAGGAUUGCAGUGUACUGUGCGUAGAGGAGGACAGCCAGGGACAGUUCUCUCAGGUGGAGGAGUGGAAGUGUACCCACUCCCCUCGACCUGUCACCCGACAGAUUUGCAACAGCUUCCCCUGCCCCCAGUGGGUGGCCAUGGAAUGGUCUCAGUGCACAGUGACGUGCGGCCGAGGCCUGCGUUACCGGGUGGUUCUGUGCAUCGACCAUCGUGGACAGCACAUUGGAGGCUGUGAAGCAUCACUCAAACCUCACGUUAAAGAAGAUUGUCUGGUCCCUAUCGCCUGCCACAAGCCUAGAGAAUCCAUGCCAGUGGAGGCCAAGAUACCCUGGUUAAAACAAGCUCACGAACUGGAGGAACACCAUACUGCCACAGAGGACCCCACAUUUGUACCUGGGCCCUGGGUACCUUGCAGCGCCACCUGUGGGCCAGGCAAGCAAACUCGUGAGGUGAAGUGCCGGGUGAUGCUUUCAUUCACCAAGACGGAGGUGGACCUUCCAGACGAGGAGUGUGGCAAAGACAGACCCCAGGUAGAGAGGCCCUGCUACCAAGGGCCAUGUAGGGGCAUCUUUUCAGGCCCCCAGGAUCAUGGGGCCCCGUACAACCAGAUGGAGGAACUUUACAGUUGGGACUACAGGGGCUUCAUUGCCUGUUCAGCUACAUGUGCUGCUGGGAAGCAGACAGCAGUUGUGAGGUGUGUUAACAGGAAGCAAGGUGAGGAGGUGGAGGACCCCCUGUGUGAUUUGUCCAGCAGGCCACCAGCAAUGAUACGAAUCUGUAACCCUGAACCAUGCCCCCCAAGAUGGGAGGUGACAGCAUGGACCAGCUGCUCUGCAUCCUGCGGCGUUGGAAUACAGACCAGGAGUGUGUUUUGCAUGCGUCUGUUGUCCAUUGACCAGCAGGAUAUUCUGAGUGUUUCUGAGGAGGAGUGCAGGGAAUUCAAACCUGCCAUUCUGCAACCGUGCAACCAGGUUGACUGUCCUUCAGCCUGGGAGACUGAACCCUGGCAGCUGUGCUCCCAGUCCUGUGGUGGGGGUGUCCAGAUGCGAAAGGUUUACUGUAAGCAGCUGUUGUCCACAGGGGCCUUUAGGAGGUUGGGAGACAGAUCCUGCUGGGGCCCCAAACCUGCCACUGAGAGAGGUUGCAGCAACACUGACUGCCUGCCCUACACGGCAGGAGGAGAAUGGGGAAAGUGCUCCGUGUCCUGUGGGUUGGGGAUCCAGCGGAGGGAGCAGCGAUGUCGCCAGCUGACAGCUGUGGGCCACCAGGUGACACUGGACAGGGAGCAGUGCUCAGGAUUACCCUCCCCACCUCUUGUGCGAACCUGCCGCAUGAUGGCCUGUCCCAAACACAGCAAAGAUUGGAGACCCAAAGAAACUCAGAAGGUUCCCGUGAAGAACCAAGUGGGACAUCCAACAAAGGCCCGGGGCUAUAAGAGUGGGGUAAAACGGUGUCCUAUGCUAAUGGGUAAGCACCACAUCUACGUCCAGACCCAGAAGGAGAAACGCAUCCAUUUGACUGUUGGUGGCCAUGCCUACCUACUACCUAACACCUCCCUGGUCAUCAAAUGCCCUGUCAGAAGGUUCCCCAAAGCAUACAUCCGCUGGUUGAAAGACGGACGCCCCAUACCCAGCUCCAAACGCCUGGGCAUCACCAAAUCUGGCUCUCUAAAGAUUCACUUUGUGACAACAGAGGACAUUGGGGUGUACAAAUGUGUCACUGGACCCACCUCAGAUAUCUUCACCCUUCAGCUGAUAGGUGGUGACAGCAGGACAACUGGGAGACUGUCUACUACCACUCCUGGUCCCAACAGGGAGGACAUGCUGCCGAGUUGCCACAGUCACUACUCAAGCUUGAAUCCGUACAGGCCCGUCAGUGUAUCUCUUUUGCCCCUUGGUGUCCAGGAGGUUUCGCUGCAGCCGCGGUUGAAGGAGAGGCUGAUUAAUAUCACCCUGCAGGCUGACAGAGGAGAGAUACAGCAGGAGCAAGCUUCAGAGCUCAUUUCCUCACUGCUGAGCCACAUGUCUGCUGCCCAGCUCUGGACCCGGAUUGCAGAGGGAGGAGUGCAAGCUAAAGACAGUCUGCCCAACUGGUCAGAGCGCUCUUCACUCGACAUACCUGUGAACACACCACGGAUCAUCAGGCAGCAACAGAACCUUCCACUGGCUUUUCAGAAGAACAUCACCGUCACCAUUGGACACAGCGCCCUCCUCACCAAUGCCACCCGAUCGCUGACCAUCCUUUGUCCUGUAGAGGGCAGCCCGCCUCCCAAAAUCAACUGGACCAAAGAUGGAGCUCUGCUGCAGUUCACUGACAGGGUCUCGUGGGACAGCUCCGGAGGACUUCACAUCCUUCAGCCCAGAGUGUCUGACAGAGGCCAGUACACGUGCACAGCUGCCAACAUGCAUGGCUCAGACUCAGAGACAUCUCAGCUACUUGUGGCAGAGCCACCGGCCAUCGCAGUGUCAUGGAGGAAUGUUUCAGACCAUGAGCUGGUGUUGGGACACAGCUUGAGGGCUGUGAUUGGGGAACGAGUCAGUGUUCGGCCAGGCACCAACCUUACACUGGACUGCCCAGUGACUGGUGUUCCUCCACCCACAGUGAAAUGGCACGGGAAGCGUGGAUUGUUGGACUCCAGUGCUGUCUCCCUUCCCUCUGGCUCACUGUGGAUCAGAAACGUAUCUUUGCACGACCAAGGCACCUACUCCUGCACAGCCCAUAACAUCAUAGGAAAGUCCAUUGCCUCUACUGUGCUGCAGGUCUAUGCUCCAUAUUCUGCUGGAGAGCGCAGGGUUGUUCCUGUCUUACGAGAGCUGAACAGGAGAAGGGUCCACAUGGCGUCACGCCGCGGAACGAGUGUUUUUAUCAAACCUGGAGACAUUCUACGUAUAGGUUGUCCAGUACUUCCUGACAACAAACUGCCAGUGCGCUGGGACUACAACAACCAGACCCUGAAGGAGGUUCCACGUCCAGCCCAGUCCCAGGGUCCUGGUCUCGGCCUGCAGUACAGGAUGUUGGUGGGGGGCCGUGUCCUUGAGGUCAACACACUCCAUGUGAAGUUCUCAGGCCGGUACCAAUGCCAAACCUUCAUCAACAGUACCAAACAAAUGCUGUAUGCCUGGAUAUACAUUCACUCUGAAGAUUUAGGCUGGCGUUUUGGAGACUGGACCACAUGCAGUGCUUCCUGUGGGAACAGAGGGACUUGGCUGCGGAGGAUUCACUGUGUCACACUGAAUGGAAAGGACGUGCAGCCCACCAUGUGUCAGCACAUACCAAAGCCCAUCACCUCCCCGGUCCCCUGCAACAGACUGGACUGCCCCCCCAGAUGGCUGGUAUCAGAGUGGUCCAAGUGCUCGGCCUCAUGUGGCAGUGGCUGGAAACAGAGGCAGAUCACCUGUCAGCAGCAGGAUGCCAGAGGUGCAGUGAGGACCCUGUCAGCAGCUGCCUGUGAGAGGAUGACCCGGCCCACAGACACAGAGCCUUGCACUGCUAAUAACUGCCCCACCUGGAUUACCAGUCCAUGGGGAAAGUGUUCAGGGAGGUGUUUGGGGCCCACCACCACUGUUCAGAAGAGGUCCGUCAUCUGCCAACAUGCCAAUGGCUCCUCGUUCACAGACUGUGGUCUGAGGGACAGGCCUCCUUCAGUACGUAACUGUUCCUCAGACCUAUGUGAUGUCCAAUGGCAUCCUGGUGCAUGGCGGGCGUGCACUGUCGUCUGUGGGAGUGGCUUUCAAUCACGCAGGGUGGACUGUGUUCACCAAAGGAGUAGCAGGACGUUGGCUGACCAGCACUGUGCCUGGCUCCAGCGGCCCUCCACCUGGCAGCACUGCAACACCUCCACCUGUGGGAGCGAAUGCCAGGACACAACCCAGUACUGCAGUGUGGUGAAGAGACUAAAGCUGUGUUACCUGGACAUGUACAAACAUAGAUGCUGUGGGUCAUGUUCACAGGACGCUGACUCCACCUAGUGGCAGUGAGCGGUUGUAACCACACAGCAAAGACUGGAAGGACAUCAUCUGUGAGUGGAUGCUUCAAGAACAGCACAUGCUGUAUGGAAACAGGACAAGCCUUAGUUCAGUUCACUCACGUCCUAAAAGGAAACUGAACGAAGCCUCAAAAGACCUGGAAGGACCAGGGGGCUUCAUUUUCUGAUCUGGACCCAACCUCCUAUAGAGACAAGUGUUCAUUAUGUGGAUCAAAUGGACAUUUUGGACUUUCCUGCAAAAACAGAACAUUGUAUUGCCUGUGACAGUCUAAAAAUAUGGCUAGGCCAAAAAGGAAUAUAAUGUUUAUUGUGUAACGUGUAUCACUGUUCUCAUUGUGUCAGUUUGCUCUCAAACUGAUGUAUUGCUUUGCCAAUAUUGCCCCACUCACCAGUUGUGUCAGCCACUGCUGAUAUGUGAGGGUCAUCAUAUCAGCACGGACAUAAAAACAGCCUAGAAAACUUGCAGUUUCAUUUAUUUUUUUCAAACUAUUUAUUUGUGCAAUUGUUCAAAAAAAAUUAUAAAAUGAUUAAUAUAAAAUGUUAAAGGGGAAUUCUGGUUUAUUACAAAUCGGUCAAUGUUUUUUUUAUAGUUUGGUCAUUCUCUUUAACUCAGUGAAGAAAUUACAGAGAUCUGGGAACACUUUGUCUGAGGUGAGACCCACAAUCUCAAACUUUGAAAAACCCUGCUUUAAUCUAUAUCCCUGACUUUCCAGACUAUUAGAUAGGUUCAGUGAUUCCACCUUACGUUUAAGAGCUGCUAACCCUAAGAUAAUUAAAUGUAUUUAAAAGGCUUUUUUUAUUCCGGACCAGUUAAAAGUUGGUAGUUCUUCUGGAAUUACAGACCCUGACACAAAAACAUCUCUUCAAAAGCAGAUAUUGGUGACUUCAGUCUAAAAUACAGUGUCAAACCAUAUGUAUCUGUAAAAUCAAACCCAUCCCCAGUAGAAAUGUUGAUGCUGAACGAUUCUGUUGCUUUUUUAGUGUCAAUGUUUUUUAAUUGUUUGUGCUGACACUUUUUGUGGAGGUCAAUUGUUUUUAUAUUUGUAUAGCGAUGGAGCCCCAUGCCACAAAGUGGCAGGGGAUUAGAGAGGAGAGAGGAGAAUCCAGGAGACAAUGGAGCAUCCGAGGCAAAACUGGUUGAGUUUGGACAUCCAAGUAGAGAUGGUUGGGUUAAGUGCAGACCAGUCGUCAGACGAUUAAAAGUAUAAACAGAAUUCCUGGAAGUACUGGCCUAGUGAAACCCCUACAUUCACACAAAGAAGCAGUGGAAGUCUUGUUUAAUGUCUGCAAUGUCCAGUCAUGUAUGUAAAAUAGAAUUUAGGAUAUAAGUCCUGAAAGACCAUUCACUUGAGUGAUUGGUGUGAUUCUUGUGAGACAUCAAUUCGAGAAGAAGUGCUGGAGUUUCAGUUGUGAAAGCAUGAAUUCAUAUCUUCACAUUCAUCAAACUAUGACUCAGCGCUGACAGUACAGGCCGUUUGUAAAAUAAUUUCAGUAUCACAGGAGAAGAAAAGUCGACUCAUUGAGGUGAAAUGGACUCUGGAGCGAGAGGCACCAGCACAACAUUGAUUUUGACUGAUUGGUCUGUUCAUGUUACCUUUGUGUUGGUUAUCAUACUGAUGUGCUGCAUUGUAAAAUGUCUUGUAUAUACUGUGUUCUAAGUGCAAUAUCGUAUAUCAAGCGAUGUAGAUUGUGUGAGACUUUUAUUUUCUUACUUAUUCAUGGUUGUGUUUUUUAACUCCUGUUUAAGAUCUUAGAAGAUCAAGCAUUAUAUAUUUUGAAUGGGUGGUAUGUUUGCUACCACUCACCAGGUUUAAUUUGCAUGUGUACAAGCUCAAUCACCGGCAUUUAAUAUCUGCAUUGUGAAAUGCUGUUCAGUAACUUAUGUUCUCCAGUGUUUCUCCCUGGCUGGUGGUGACAGUACAGUUACAUGAUGUGGUGACAUUAUCCUGAUUGUGGAUUUGCAGCUUGACUGAGGUAACAUGAGGUAAUAUCAUAAAUCAUUACAGUGCUUUAGAUAACAAUGCAAAGGAUUAAAGACACUUUUGAUCACUUUA